AUGGCAGACCCCCGCAAAAAGCCCAACCUCCCAGACCUCGCCAAGCGCCUGCUCGAGACGGGCCCCGUCAAGACCCUCCCGACGCCGCGGCGGAUCCGCAUCCAGCUCGGCGGGGCGUGGGUCGCGGACACGACGGCGGCCGUGUACGUGUGGGAGCACCCGUUCUACCCGUAUUACUACGUGCCCGUAGCCUCGUUUGCGGAGGGGGUGCUUGUGCCUUCCUCCUCCUCUACUACUUCUUCUACGGAGCAAGGUUCCCAUCAAGGACAGAAGAAAGGCGAAGAAGGGCAGGGCUACGAUUACAAGAUAAUGACCCUAAAAGCCAGCACCGCAAGCACCGACCGCGUCCUCCUCUUCGGCAGCAACCUAGCCGAGCGCUACGGCCCGCACACCUUACCCCUACAAUCCAUGGCGCGCGUCGAGUUCGGCGCCGCCAGUGCUUGGUUCGAGGAGGACACGCGCAUCUACGUGCACCCCAAGGACCCUUUCCGGCGCGUGGACGUGCUGCACAGCACGCGGCCGCUGAAGAUCUACAUUUCCACCAACGAAGCAGGAGGGCAGAAAGGGGAAGGGGGGAAAGAGGGAGAGAAGGGAAUAUUGGUAGCACAAACAACAACCGCCUACCACCUCCACGAGACCGGGCUCCCCGUGCGCUUCUACGUGCCCCCGACGGCAAUCCUACCAAACCCGGGCGUGCUGCGCGAGAGCCGCCGGGGCACGCGCACGGCUUGUCCUUAUAAGGGCGAGGCGGACUAUUAUGAUGUUGUUCUCGGUGGGGAUGGGAAGGGAAAGGGAAAGGGAAAGGGGUCAGAGGAGCAGAGGAGCUUCGACGAUUUGGUCUGGUACUACCGGACGCCGACGCCGGAGUGCGUGAUGGUGACGGGGUUUCUGUGCUUUUAUAAUGAGAAGGUCGAUAUUGAGCUGGAUGGGGUCAUGUUGGAGCGGCCGAAGACUGUGUUUUCGUGA